ACUUCGCCAUCUUCCCGUCGUUAGAAAAAGAAAAACCGAACCAGAGGCUUUUUCCCAUUUCUCUCGCUCGCACCUUUUGCCUUCUCAUGGCGGAAGAACAACGGCAAAAGAAGGCGCAGGGGUUCCCGCCGCCGUACGAUCUCAACGCCAAAUGGGACGCCUGCCUAGAUCUCACCGCGCGGCGGCUCGCGUACUCCUCUCUCGCAGGAGCUUUCACCGCCCUUCUCUUCUUCAGAAGUCCAGUUACCCGAUGGGCAUCUGUAGCAUUUGGUGCGGGGUUGGGUAUUGGAUCAGCAUACACAGAUUGCUCAUAUAUAUUUGGUGGCUCUCCUCCAAAAGUUUCAUCUUCAAAAAUCUCUGCUAUAUUUACUGGUCCUCCUCCUCGGGAGGAUGAUGAAUGACCGAGCGAUAGCAUCAAAAAAUUCUGACAACAUUGGUCAAUUGCUCGGAAAAAAAUGAUGAUCUUAGAGCAUGUUUAUUUUCUCUUUUUUGUAUUAAUGUCAAAGUUGUUCCCACCUGGAUGGAUUGCGAAGCAGAUAAUGAAUGCUAAUGAUUAACUUGGUGACAUGGCAUGGUUAUGCACAACAGAAAAUAAUUGCUUUAUGAGCAUAAACAAUAACAGCAAGGCUGUUUGAUCAUUCUAAUA